GUGAAGGCUUGGCAAUCCUAUGCAGCGCGCAGUCGUACGACCAUAAGUUGAAAGUGGCGAAAGUAAGAGCAAAACGAUCUUCCAAUAAAAAAAGAUAGAGAGCAACGACAAAACAUGAGCAAAUAUACAGCUGGCCAUUUGGAGAAGAAACUCGCAGAUCAGCUUGAAACGAAAUAUGUGCGUGCGGUUGACGAAUCCGACGGUUGCGGUGGCAAGUUUAAUGUGAUCAUUGUAUCGGAUAUAUUCAAAGGCAAAACAUUGCUGCAGAAACACCGCAUGGUUAAUGCGGUAUUGGCGGAGGAACUUAAAGAAAUACACGCCUUCACCCAAAAACCUUACACCGUUGAAGAGUGGGAGAAUAUACAAAAACAAAAGCAACAAUAAAAGCAAUUUUUUAAA